CUGGAGGCCACGGGCCCCAGAUGCAGCAGGCGGCUGUCAGCAGGAGGCUCCGCGGGCGUAGCCGGCCCAGCACUCUGGGCUGCGCGGGGCACCGCACCGCGCCUGCCUAGGGGAGGCCGGCUGAAGCCCCGCCUCGUGGCCCCUGAGCCACAUGGCCUUCCUGGGCCCCAGGACACCUGCCCCCAAGCCGUCGCCAGGCAGGAAGACAGUCAUGUGCUGGGUCAGUGCCACCAGCUUCAUGGCGGCCGAGGAGAUGCACUGGCCCGUCCCCAUGAAGGCCAUUGGUGCUCAGAACUUGCUGACCAUGCCUGGGGGUGUGGCCAAGGCUGGCUACCUGCACAAGAAGGGCGGCACCCAGCUGCAGCUGCUCAAGUGGCCCCUGCGCUUCGUCAUCAUCCACAAGCGCUGCAUCUACUACUUCAAGAGCAGCACGUCCGCCUCCCCGCAGGGCGCCUUCUCGCUGAGUGGCUACAACCGGGUGAUGCGGGCAGCUGAGGAGACGACGUCCAGCAACGUCUUCCCCUUCAAGAUCGUCCACAUCAGCAAGAAGCACCGCACGUGGUUCUUCUCUGCCUCCUCUGAGGACGAGCGCAAGAGCUGGAUGGCCUUGCUGCGCAGGGAGAUUGGCCACUUCCAUGAGAAGAAGGAGCUGCCUCUGGAUGCCAGCGACUCCAGCUCGGACACAGACAGCUUCUACGGUGCCAUUGAGCGGCCCGUGGACAUCAGCCUCUCUCCGUACCCCACGGACAAUGAAGACUACGAGCACGACGAUGAGGACGACUCUUACAUGGAACCCGACUGCCCCGAGUCCGGGAAGCCCGAGGAUGCCCUGAUCCACCCACCGGCCUACCCCCCACCUCCGGUGCCCACGCCCAGGAAGCCCGUCUUCUCUGAUGUGCCCCGGGCCCACUCCUUUUCCUCCAAGGGUCCAGGCCCUCUGCUGCCACCUGCACCCCCUAAGCGCAGCCUCCCCGAUGCCGGCCCGGCCCCCGAGGACUCCAGGAGGGAGCUGCUGGGCCCGAGGUGGCUCGAGCCCGGCCCCAGGGUGCCCGCCCCCUCCCGGAGGGUGAGUGAACCCCCACCGGGCGGCCUGCCCGCCGUGCCCAGCCGGAAGCCACCUUGCUUCCGCGAGGACGCCAGCUCCGGCCCAGAGCCCCGGGUCCCUGGCCACGGCGCCAGCUCUUCCUCUAGCUCUGCCAGCGCAGCUGCUACCACCUCCAGGAACUGUGACAAGCUCAAGUCCUUCCACCUGUCCCCUCGGGGGCCACCCACACCUGAGCCCCCUCCCGUGCCGGCCAACAAGCCCAAGUUCUUGAAGGUGGCUGAAGUGGCCCCCCCGAGGGAGGCAGCCAAGCCCGGACUCUUCGUGCCCGCCGUGGCCCCCCGGCCUCCCGCACUGAAGCUGCCCACGCCCGAGGCCACAGCCCGGCCCGCGAUCCUGCCCAGGCCAGAAAAGCCGCCCCUCCCCCACCUCCAGAGAUCACCCCCCGACGGGCAGAGCUUCAGGAGCUUCUCCUUUGAAAAACCCCGGAAACCCGCGCAGGCUGACACGCCGCAGGCGGACGCUGGCGGGGAGGACUCUGAUGAGGACUACGAGAAGGUGCCACUGCCCAGCUCCGUUUUCAUCAACACCACGGAAUCUUGUGAAGUGGAAAGGCUGUUCAAAGCCACGAGCCCCCGGGGAGAGCCCCUGGACGGCCUCUACUGCAUCCGGAACUCCUCCACCAAGGCGGGGAAGGUUCUGGUCGUGUGGGACGAAACCUCCAGCAAAGUGAGGAACUACCGCAUCUUUGAGAAGGAGGCGAAGUUCUACCUGGAGGGCGAGGUCCUGUUUGUGAGCGUGGGCAGCCUGGUGGAGCAUUACCACACUCACGUGCUGCCUGGCCACCAGAGCCUGCUGCUGCGGCACCCCUACGGUUACGCCAGGCCCAGGUGACGCCUGUGCUUGCACGCUACUGGGCAGAGACGGCCACGGGGCCACAGCCCUGGGCCACGCAGAAGGAGACCGGCCUGCACGGGAGAACACGCGGGAGCCAGCACCGUGCUCUGACCCGGGGCCUCCCCGGUGGACACCUCACAGAGAUUGCCAGGCCAGGCCCCGCCCAGCAGGCUGGGUCCCCCGGGGCUCGGCCAGGCCCUGGGCUCCAGGGAAUUGUGUGGGGCUCUCCUGUCUCACCCCGCCCACCUCCCAGGAGCCUAGGACUGAGCCCAGUCUGGACUUGAUUUACAGAAAUUCUGGUACCCCCCGGCACGCCCCCCCGGCACUGGGCUGGGAGCUGGGCAGGGCUGAGGUAUUUGGGGUUGGGCAGGGGCUGGACCCCCAGGAACGCUACAACACAGGCUCCGAGAGGGGCCGGUGCCGCACAAUAAAGCGCAGAUGACCUUUGCCCCGGUGGCCAGGGCUGCACUGGGAAGGGGGCACGUCAGCCUCCAAGUGUUGACUGUAGCAGGUCAGCUCACGGGACCUCUAGGAGGUGGUCUUGUUUUCUAGGCCACAGGGCGCUAAAUGACUUACCCUUGGGUCCACAGCUGGUAACAGAACAGGACCCAAAAAGUUGGACAAUCUGGGCCCAGAGCCUGUAUCCAGAAUGCCAGGUUCUGCUGCCAGAAGUCAGGUCCAGGGCAGUGAGGCUACAGAGCUAAGAGGCCCCUCACAUCAGUAACCGGGUCAUUCGUUGGCUUAACCAGUGGUUACUGGGAGACAACCGGGCAGAAGGUACGCACAGCGCCCACCGUCUGUGGCAGCGGGGUGUGCAGGGGCUGGGAGCUUGCAACGCAGCUGGGGGCUCCAGGAAGACUUCCUGGAGGAAGUGAUGGUUACAGUGCUGCAGGAAGAGUAGGCCCUGUGUCGGCCAGGGGUGGGUGGGGACAGUGGUACCCAGAUGCCCAAGUCGUCUGGUUCAUGCCUGGUGCAGGCCCAGCACCGAUCAUCCCCUUGCUUCCUGUCACGGAAUCCCAGCAGCCUGCUCUCCCUGGCGUGGCCAUCCAGGCUGGAAUGUUUUCUUUUCCUCAUAAAAACAGACUCAACUGGGUGUCAGGGCUGCCAGGGAACCCAGGGUCAUUUGCUCCUCACUGCACUUUGUGUUGGGAAUGAGGAAUUUGCGAUGUAAAAGCCAAGCCACAAGAGCCUAUGUGCCCACUAGCCAUUGAUUAAUGGUCCCAGAGGAAGGCCCUUUGGACGUCCCCUCCUCUGCCCUGGGCGUGUCCCGGGGUGAGGUCGUUGGAGGAGGAGAGAGAAGUCCAGUCAGGUGGGAGGCUCCUGGAGGUGCAGCAGGGAAGACAGCAGCCGUCUCCUCCCAGGAACCGAGUGUCCAGCACCACCUCUACAGAUGUUUCUUCUUCAGCCACCCGGUGGAGUUGGGGAUACCGGAGCCCCUGGUGUUCCUUCCGCAGCAUCUGUGGGAAACCAGCAGUUCCUCCUUCCUGCAGUUGCAGUCCACUGCCCUGAGCCCAAGUGACGCACACCAGUCCCCACUGUGGCUUGCAGUUUCCCUUUCUGUGAAAUCAGAGAAGCAUUUCCAGCAGUUUCUGGGGUCUGCUGUGCUGCUCAUUGCUGUAGGACACAUGACACUAAUGCUUUUAGCUGACACGCAGCCACUUGGCAGCCAGCUCAUACUUGAAGACCCCUGAGCUGGAAGGUUGGGGGGUUCUGGUGUCCAGAGCCAGGUGAUAGGUCCUUCUGGCCACCUGGACAGAUGAGACCUGUCGCUACUAGAGGCCCACCCCAGAGCCCAGCCCAGGGCCUGACGGGACAGCUGCCCUCCUCUGAGUUCACACCCCAGGCCCAGGGCCUCGGUUGCUAGAGUGUGUGUGUGGAGGGUAGUGGAUGGGGCCCCAGGCACGGUCCUGCAGCACACAGGAGGGGCUGGAAGGGGUCCCACUCCCCCGAGACUUGCCAUGAGUGUUCUAUUCCUCACGUAGGGCUGGAGGGUGGUUACCACUGGCUGAGCACUUCCUGUACUCAAGGUGCUGAGCUGCACACUUGACUUAGGUCUAAUAGCAGCUGCCCUCCAGGCGAACUGUUUUACAGGUGAGAAAACCCAGGCUCAGGGAGGCCUGGAUUCCAGACGCAGCCCUGCGAUCUGUCCUUCGCUGCUGAGCCCAGACCCUGGCCCCCGCCUAGCUCCCUGCCACCCGCGUGGCCUCGGACAGUCAUUUUAGGGUGUCUGGUUAGCCUGCCUCCCGGGGUUCUGGGCAUGCCUUCACCCAGCGAGGGGGCCACAGCUCGGGGUGGGGGGGACAAGGCUGACCUGCCUCACUGUUCUGUCCUCCCAGCCGCAGUCUGUGGGUAAACUGAUGGGGGCCCCACCCGAGGUGCUGUGCUGCUCCCUCACCUUACAGAUAGGGAAACUGAGGCUCAGAGAGGCUUCGCUGACCUGCCCAUCCUGAUGGUGAGUCCAGAGAUGGUUCAAUUCCUGUGCCAGGGAAGAGGGCCCUGGACGCUUUGGGAAGCUUCUCCAAGCUGAGCCCUGAACAUGGUUGUACUUUUCCUGCAGUUCAUCGGAAGGAGUGCAGUGAGCCUCUGUACCUUCUGUUCAUAGAGAGUUUUAUUGUCAAAAGAUGUUUUUAGAACCAGAAGAGACCUCACAAAACAAGCCAGGGUUGCUCCAGUCCCCACGCCAAUUCUGGGUCCCAUUGCAUGGACGCCCCCUGCUGGUCCGAGGGGGAACUUCUGGCACCCCAGGCUGAGCACCAGAGGCCUGGGCCCAAGGGGCUUCUCGUCCCGCUGGGCUGCACUGGGCUGGCCUCUGCAGGGCAUGGCAUAGAGGACAGCAAGGCCACCCGGGGAAUAUCAGGCAGAGCUGGCCCUUGAACGAAAUCUGUGUGUCUCUAGAGAGGCAGUGAGGGGCAGGCCGCAGCCUGUCUCUGCCUGUGACUCAGAAGCAGGGAGCCCCUGGCUGGGCAACCUGCACACACAUCGGGCCCCCCUGUCUGUGCCCCGGAGAUGGUUGCUAGUGGCCAUCCCGCAUCAAGCCACCAGCACUCUCUCGCGAGGGAGAGUUGUGGGAUGCAAAGCAGACCUGACCCGUCUGCCUCCCUCAGACUGCUCCUCAGAAACUGCAGAGGCUGCCUGACAGCUGCCCCUGCGUCGCCCUCCAGCUGCAUCCCUGGUCACGCUCUGAGCUACUCAGAGCUGAGGCACCUCCUUUCUCCUUUCAUUUCCGGUGGAAUGAAACACAUCCAGAAAAGUGAACAGAACACAAAUGUACAGCGUAACAAAUUGCUAUGAAGUGAACCAGGCCCCGUGUGCCCUCCCCAGCUCAGCGCCACCCCCUUCCUCUCUCACAACCCCUGCCCUCGCUUUGGGGAGGCUCACAUUCCUGUUUUGCUAUGAAGGCUUCAUCCAUCACAGUGCUUUCCUGUUUUCGGACGUUAUGUGAAUGGAAUCAUACAGAUGCAACCUUUGGCGUCUGGCUUCUGCUCGUUACAUCUUCGAGAUUUGUCCAGGUUGCUGUGCGUAGCUGUAGUUUGUUCAGAUUCAUCGCUGAAAACUGUUCCAUUGACUGUAUUGUAGUUCAUGGAUCCAUUUUACUGUGGAUGGACGUUUAGUUUGUUUGUAGUUUGGGACAAUCACAGACAGUGCUACUAGGAACAGUCUUAUCUGUGUUUGUGAUGCAUGUGUGCACAAGUUUCUCUAGGGUAUGUACCUAGGAGUCUCACUCCUGAGUUCUAGGGCCUUUCACUGUUUUCCAAGAAUUUUGCAGUAAAAGAGACUUCCCUUGGUUCCACAUCCUUGCUAACACUUGGUAUUGUCAGACUUUUCUUCAUCUUUGCCAGUCUGGUGGGUGUUUAAUUAUGGCUUUAAUUUGCAUUUAGCGAAUUACUAAUGAGGUUGGGCACAUUUUCAUGUAUUUACUAACCACUUUGAUUUUCUCUCCUGUGAAGUGUCUAUUCAAAUCUUUUGCCUAUUUUCCUGUUGUUUUCUUAUUAGUCUAUAAGAAUUCUUUAUAUAGCCUCAAUAUUGUCAGCGAAAUGUAUCAUAUAUAUCUUCUCCAACUGUAUAAUUGUUUUUUGCACAUAGCAAGAGAUAAAGAUUCACUUUCAUCUUCCCCCCAUAGGGUUACCCCACCUACCCCUGCAUCAUUUAUUUAUAACCUGUCCCUUCCCCAACCAUCUGCAACGCCACUUGCCAUAUAUCCAUAUAUGUGUAGGUUUGUGGCUGGACUCUUUGUUCUGUUCUAUUUGUCUGUCUGUUUCUAUACCAGUGCCAAGCUCUCUUACUUACUGUUGCUUAAUUAUGUCUUUUUUUUUCUUUUCAAAUUUAGUUUAUUGGAUGACACCACCCAAAUAACACCAUGCCCACUAUUUUUUUUAAAUUAAUUUAUUUAUUUGGUUGUGCCGGGUCUUAAUUGCGGCAUGUGGGCUCCUUAGUUGUAGCAUGCAAACUCUCAGUUGUGCCAUGCAUGUGGGAUCUAGUUCCCUGACCAGGGAUGGAACUCGUGCCCCCUGCAGUGGAAUUACAGAGUGCUAACCACUGGACCGCAAGGGAAUUCCCUUCAGGUGACUUUUAACUUCAUUGAGCUCCUCAUUACUUGAUAUUUAUUGUUGUAUGUGUCUAGUUUUCUGGGGUUUUUUUUAAACUCCUACAUAAGACAGUAUUUCUUUUUUCUUUUUUUUCUUGGAAAAGGAAGGUGUACUUUAAUAGCAUUUAAACUUUUUUAUGAUGAUAAAAUAUAGAUAAUAUAAAUUAACCAUUUUAAGCAUACAGUUCUGUGGCAUUAAGUACAUUCACGUUGUUGUGAACCAUCACCACCAUCCAUCCCCAUAACUCUUUUCAUCCUGUAAAACUGAAACUCUGUAUCCAUUAAAUAGUAACUCCCCAUUCCCCCCCUCCAGCCCAGACAACCGCCAUUCUACUUUCCGUCUUAUGAAUUUGACUAUUCUAGUUCCCUCAUUCAAGUGGAAUCAUCAUUUGUCCUUUUGUGACUGGCUUAUUUCACUUAGCAUAAUGUCUUUAAGAUUCAUCCAUGUUGUAGCAUGUGUCAGAAUUUCUUCUUUUUUAAAAAAAAUAUUUAUUUAUUUAUUUAUGUUUUGGCUGCAUUGGGUCUUUGUUGCUGCGUGAGAGCUUUCUCUAGUUGGGGCGAGCAGGGGCUACUCUUUGUUGUGGUGCGCGGGCUUCUCAUUGCGGUGGCUUCUCUUGUUGUGGAGCUCGGGCUCUAGGCAUGUGGGCUUCAGUAGUUGUGGCUCGCGGGCUCUAGAGCACAGGCUCAGUAGUUGUGGCGCAUGGGCUUAGUUGCUCUGCGGCAUGUGGGAUCUUCCCAGACCAGGGCUCGAACCUGUGUCCCCUGCACUGACAGGAGGAUUCUUAACCACUGCGCCACGAGGGAAGCCCCAGAAUUUCCUUUUUAAGGAAAGAAAUAAUAUUCCAUUUUAUGGAUGGACAUUUUGUUAUCCAUCUGUCAACGACACUUGAGUUGCUUCCAUCUUUUGUUUAUUGUUAAUAACACUGCUAUGA